AUUUUAGGUUAGAGCAAAGCGUUAUGACUCAACUCGAUUGGACAAUGAGCAUCGGAUGUGUGUUUAUGAGCGUUGGAUUGUGACCCGUCUUUCUCUUUUUAUAAAUCAGAAUUCUGAAAAUGGCAUCACCAGGUCCAUCAGGUUUGACACCAAAGUCUCAAAGCACACAUGGUCUAAAGCAGAUUGAUUUAGAUCAAAUAUGGGGUGAUUUGAAAGAUGGCAUUGAGCAGGUUUAUAUGAAUAAACAUCAGGAUAUGUCCAAGACCCGUUACAUGGAAUUAUAUACUCAUGUUUAUGAUUACUGCACAAGUGUUCAUCAAUCAGGGUCAAGACCUUCUUCUUCCAAAUGCAAAAAAAGUCCUCCUAUAGGUGGUGCUCAAUUUGUUGGUCAUGAAUUAUAUAAAAGAUUGAAGGAAUUUUUAAAAUGCUAUCUCAUAAAUUUAUUAAAAGAUGGAAUAGACUUAAUGGAUGAAGAUGUUUUAAGGUUUUAUACAAGGCAAUGGGAAGAAUAUCAGUUUUCUAGUAAAGUGCUAAAUGGUAUUUGCUCUUAUUUAAAUCGUCAUUGGGUGAAGCGCGAGUGUGAUGAGGGCCGCAAAGGAAUAUAUGAAAUUUAUCAACUUGCAUUAGUUUCUUGGCGGGAUUUUUUGUUUCGUCCUUUACAUAAACAGGUUACUAGUGCUGUUUUAAAGUUAAUAGAGAAAGAGCGCAACGGAGAAACUAUCAACACUAGACUUGUGAGUGGUGUCAUGAACUGUUAUGUUGAAUUGGGAUUAAAUGAAGAUGAUCCAUCUGCAAAGGGACAGAAUCUUUCUAUAUAUAAAGAAGCAUUUGAGAAUACAUUCCUGGGUGAUACAGAGAGAUUUUAUAUCGCAGAAAGCACAGAUUUCAUUCGACAGAAUCCUGUAACAGAAUAUAUGAAAAAGGCAGAACAAAGGCUUCUGGAGGAACAGAGACGAGUUCAGUUGUAUCUUCAUGAAACAACACUUGAGAUUGUUGCCAAAACUUGUGAAAAAGUUUUAAUUCAAAAGCACUUAGAAAUAUUCCAUUCUGAAUUUCAAAAUCUUUUAAAUGAUGAUAAAAAUGAAGAUCUAGGAAGAAUGUUUCAACUAGUUUCCAGAAUAUUUGAUGGUCUAGGAGAACUGAGGACACGUUUAGAGACUCAUAUUCAUUAUCAAGGUCUUUCAGCUAUUGAAAAAUGUGGAGAAAGUGCAUUAAAUGACCCCAAAAUUUAUGUCAACACUAUACUAGAUGUACAUCGAAAGUAUAAUGCCUUAGUAAUGACUGCAUUUAAUAACGAAGCAGGCUUUGUUGCUGCAUUAGAUAAAGCUUGUGGGAAGUUUAUAAAUAAUAACGCUGUGACUAGGAUGGCUAAUUCAUCUAGUAAAUCUCCAGAGUUAUUGGCCAAAUUUUGUGACUUACUAUUAAAAAAGAGCUCAAAAAAUCCUGAAGAAUCUGAGUUAGAAGAUACUUUGAAUCAAGUGAUGAUAGUAUUUAAAUACAUAGAAGAUAAAGACGUUUUUCAGAAGUUUUACAGCAAAAUGCUAGCUAAAAGAUUAGUCCAACAUAUGUCUGCAAGUGAUGAUGCUGAGGCCAGCAUGAUAUCAAAAUUGAAGCAAGCUUGUGGAUUUGAGUAUACGUCAAAAUUACAAAGAAUGUUCCAGGACAUAGGUGUCAGCAAAGAUCUGAAUGAACAAUUUCGCAAACAUCUUAGUAACUCUAAUGAACCACUAGAUUUGGACUUCAGCAUACAAGUUUUAAGCUCAGGUUCUUGGCCUUUUCAACAGUCAUUAGCAUUUGCUCUGCCUCAAGAGCUGGAGCGUAGUGUACAGCGUUUUACUACAUUCUACAGUGGGCAACACAGUGGCAGGAAACUUCAUUGGUUGUACAAUAUGUCUAAAGGGGAGCUUGUAACAAAUUGUUUUAAAAAUCGUUACUCAUUACAG